AUGAGUAUGGAUUUGAAGAGAAUUUCUGUAGAAACGACAUCAUUCGACUUUGUCGUUAUUGACCAGUUCAAAAAAUCCGCCUUUUCAGCGCCAAAUACCAAGAUGAAAACGAUCAAGAGUUGCGUUAACAAAUUUAUCAAUCGAUUUAAUUUGUAUGAGGAGCAACAUAUAUUUUGGCAACCCGUCCAAAAAUCGAAUGCCAGAUUGCUACUAAAUGCCAACGAUUUUAGCCAAUUAGGAACUGUUUUGCAUCGUCAGAUAACAUGCAAUAUUUUUAUUAGUGAAGAAGCAUUGAAAAAAUAUAAUUUGACCAUAUGUGGACCCUACGAUGAAUUUUUGGAUGAUUUUGUCCCUCUUGAAAACAACGUUGCGAAGAGUGACAAUGUUGUUGUGUCACGGAAGUGUUUAAGCACAAUAUCUGAACAGCUCUCUAUACUUGAAAAUUACAUAAAUAAGACGCAAUAUCAAGAAGCAGGGCCAGGUAAGACAGAAGAGAAGAAAUACGUUGUGUUGCCUGAAGAUAAGCCCGAACUUGUGGAGUUUUUCUCCCAUCUUAAAACUAGUGAGCAAUUGCAAGAGAUUUACAAUGGUUAUAGAGUAUACGAGACACUCUUACAGAAAUUCGAUGGCCAGAAAGAGAAAAUGCACUCCUUUUUGCACGAAGGUACCUCAGUCCCAGAGGGCGAAAGUAUGGAGCAAAUAGCACUAUUUGAAGAACCAAAGGAAAAGAAGGAAGCUUUAGCAACGCCAGACGAUCGGUCAUUACGUGUUGAUGUAAAUCAUGAAGAUAAUUCACUGCACUUUAUAUUGUACAACAACGCAGACUUGAUAGUUCCAGGGAAUUGCACAUUUGAAUUCUCUAGUUCUGCUUCCAAAGUAUACAGUAUCAAAAUGGGGCCACACGAAAUAGGCCCGAAAGGACAAAAAGAACUAUGGUAUUUUCCAUCUUUAUCUGCUCCGCUUGUCGAUUACACAGUUAAAAUCAUUAACCAGAAUGGAGAUGUCAUUUUUAUCGGUAAAUGUACCGAAUCAAAUGAAGUAACUUUGAAAUCCGCGUUAUCCUCUUUUUCGACGGGUAGUUUCCAUACGUUACAGGACCCAAAUAAUGUUUUCCGUGCAGACGCACUCUCUUCGUUUGAUGAAUCAAGUGUUAUGAGCUCCCCUUUUCCAAAUGAGAUAGACGAGAUCUAUGAUUCUGGGUCUACGUUAAAUAGACCAUUCACGUGGGAAGAAAUAUAG